GUAGGGUACUCAAGGGAGGCAAGAACGAUAGGGCCAAGUACUUUGGCAAAAGAAAGUUGCUAUCACUAAGCCCUCAUGCAGAGGUUGUUAUUAUGAGAGAUUUUAAGCAUACUCAUCUUUCGCAAAGGACUAUGAGCAGUAAGAAAUGCAGCACUUCCACUAAGAAGCAUUCUUUUUCAUCUGAGCACAGUCACAAGAAGAUCCCUUUAUUAUUCGAAAGAACUAAUAGAUCCGUGAUUCCUAACCUAUGUAAGAAAUCAACAAAACAGAUAUUAAUGAAGUUCCUUAAUAGAAAGAGGAACAAUGUAGACAUUUCUACCUUAAUCAGGUCCUUUAACAAGGUGAGGUCGUUCUCUCCGCCUACUAAGAAAACUCAUGCUCCAAAGCUACGACUAUUCUCUGAGCCGAAGAAGAAGUUAUUCACAAGAAGAGAAAGGCAAGAUCAACAGAAUAUGAAUGAACCUGCAGCUGAUUUCGAAGAAAGCUCUCUUCAUGUCUUCGAAGAGAUGAGGCACAGGAAUAAACAGUUUGAUGACCUUAUCCCAAAGGUGAAGAUGGCUAAGCUCAGGUUCUUCCAUUGAGACUCUCGUGCUGCUCUUUGCCAUACAUUGAGAAAGCUCCGCUCAGGAAAGCGGCCAGACCUUUUUGAUCAGUAAUUCAUAUGAAAAAUUCAACUUUAUGAGAUAUUGUAAAUAAGUGAUCCAGUGUUUCA